GGGGUCGGCAAUCGAACCUGUGUUUACUUCCGGAUUUCCUGUGUAUGGCAGAGCUUGAAAACAGCCACUCCAGUUGCCCUACAAGCUCAGCAAGAGCCCCGUGCCCCAAUCCGAGCCCGUCUCCGGUGAAGCGCGGUGCCCCGGUGACUCGGUGCCCGGAGAGAGAGAGCCCUACACCGGCACAGACGCGGAGAGAUUAGCGCGGCUUUAGACGACCAUUCACGGCAGAAACUCUCCUCUGCCACCCUUCGCCAAACGUCAAAGUCAAUGCGGUCCUUGAUCAGCGCGCUGGAGCUCGUCCGCGUCUCACUAACGCGCUUUCGCUCGGCAAACACAGAUUAAAGCCGCAGAACGCUGAUCCACUCGGUGAGCUCGCGUUACCGGGGAACAGACCGAGGAGCACGGCAGCUCUAGCUGGAUUUAUCCCGUUCAGGCGUCAUGGAGUGGUUAAUGGGGAAGGGUAAAGGGAAGCCCAAUGGGAAGAAGCCGCCCACCGAGGAGAAGAAGCAUUACCUGGACGCCGAGUACACCAAGGUCCGAGUGGUGGACUUCGAGCUGAAGGAGCUGGUGGUCCUGCCGAGGGAGAUCGACCUCAACGAGUGGCUCGCCAGCAACACCACGACGUUCUUCAACCUCAUCAACCUGCAGUACAGCACCAUCUCUGAGUUCUGCACCGGGGACACCUGCGCCGCCAUGACCGCAUGCAACACGACGUAUUUCUGGUAUGAUGAGAAAGGGAAGAAGACGAAGUGCACCGCUCCUCAGUACGUGGACUUCGUGAUGAGUUCGGUCCAGAAGCUGGUGACCGACGAGGACAUCUUCCCCACCAAAUACGGUAAAGAGUUUCCCAACACCUUCGACUCGCUGGUGAAGAAGAUCUGCAAGUACCUCUUCCACGUUCUGGCGCACAUCUACUGGUCCCACUACAAGGAGACGGUGGCCAUGGACCUGCACGGACACCUGAACACACUGUACACACACUUCAUAGUGUUUAUAAGGGAGUUCAACCUGAUGGACCCGAAGGAGACGUCGAUAAUGGAGGACCUGACGGAGGCCCUGUGCACACCGCUGCCCCCGGUCCCACAGAACCACGUGAGCGAGAGAUGAGGCCGCGCCGGAGCCGCGCCUGUGCCACGCCGGGGCCGGAGGACUGCCGCAGCGCUCCAGAGACGCUGGGACUCAAACCCGCACCCUUACUGAACAUUGAUGUCUUUAGGACCCAGUCAGGAGCGCUCGCACCGGGCCGAAGGAGGUUUAACCCUUUAACCGAGACGCUUUUCCCUUUCCUUCCCGAUUCUCAACAACACACACUGAUCGUGGAGAUCGUCGUCAUCAUCAUCAGAAGAGUCGAGUCGCGAGGAUCUUUGUGAGACGAUCGGACCGUUUCCUUUUAUUUAUUUGUUUUUUUUUUGAGUUCUUCUUCUCACACGAGCAGCACUUUCCCCUCUUCUUGAUUUCAUAAGGGUGUUGGCCUGGUCCUCGUACGGUAUAAAGGUUUCUUUCUCAUUUUUUAUAGGGUAAAAGGGGUGUGUGUGUGUGUGUGUGUGUGUGUGUGUUCAAGGCUUUUGCACUCAGGAUCUGAGAGAGCUGUUAAUGCUACCUGCUCACCCGUUAGCCUCUCGGUGUCACUUUACUCCUCGUUUAGCAGUUCCCCUCAUCCGUGGACGGGAUAGACUUGUGUUGCGUCAUAUUAGCAAGCAUGCUAACCACUGUAGAGGAGCGUCUCGCGCGAGCGUGUUUACCUCGCCGUCUCUGGAAAAGCGUCUCGGCUCUGUCAUGACUUAGCCUCGUAAUGAAAAGACGAUUUGCGAACGGAAAAGAAUGUACACUUAGUCUCUACGUACCGAUCGCAAAGAUUAUAAUUAUCGUCGAGUGAGAGAGAGAGUGAGCGAGUGAGAGAGAGUUAGUGUCGUGUCGCGAUGAACUCGUUGUGAGAUGAUCGGACCUUUUCCUUUUAUUUAAUUUAUUUCUUUGUUUUCUUUUUCUUUUUAGUUGCUAUUUUUUUCAGGGCUCCUCAGUUCUGGCUUUUUUUGUUUUAUGUAUUUUAAUAAUACUUUAAGUUAAAAGCGAUUUAAUAUUUUAAGCUCUGCAAAUUAUAACCUAAUAAAAUA